AUAGACUUUGUCAUAGAAGAAGGACCAAUGCUUCUUUGUAUAACUUUCCUUCACUUACCAACAAAAAGUUUCAACCUUUAACUCCAAAGAUCGAAACUUUCCACACCAAAUCGGAGAAUGGCCUUAUCACGACUCUCUCUCCGAUCCACCACCUUCCUUAAACCAUCCUCCCUCCGCCGCCACGUCACCACAGACACAACCCCGAUCACAAUCGAAACCGCCGCCCCCUUCACCUCCCACCAAUGCGACCCUCCGUCGCGCUCCGUGGAGACCUCCUCGGCAGAGAUCCUCUCCUUCUUCCGCGACAUGGCUCGGAUGCGCCGCAUGGAGAUCGCCGCGGACUCCCUCUACAAGUCCAAACUGAUCCGCGGGUUCUGCCACCUGUACGACGGCCAGGAGGCCUUAGCCGUGGGGAUGGAGGCGGCGAUCACCAAGAAGGACGCCAUCAUCACGUCGUACAGAGACCACUGCACGUUCCUGGGCCGCGGAGGGGAGCUCGUGGACGCGUUCUCGGAGCUCAUGGGGAGGAUGAGAGGCUGCUCUAACGGGAAAGGAGGGUCGAUGCAUUUUUACAAGAAGGACGCGUGUUUCUACGGUGGGCAUGGGAUCGUCGGCGCUCAGAUUCCGUUGGGGUGUGGUUUGGCUUUCGCUCAGAAGUAUUCUAAGGAAGAGAAUGUGAGUUUUGUGCUGUAUGGUGAUGGUGCUGCUAAUCAGGGUCAGUUGUUUGAGGCUUUGAAUAUUGCUGCUCUCUGGGACUUGCCUGCGAUUCUCGUUUGCGAGAACAAUCACUAUGGAAUGGGGACGGCUACGUGGAGGUCUGCUAAGUCUCCAGCCUAUUUCAAGCGUGGAGACUAUGUUCCUGGCUUGAAGGUGGAUGGUAUGGAUGUACUGGCUGUGAAGCAGGCGUGCAAGUUUGCCAAGGAGCAUGCCCUCAAGAAUGGCCCUAUUAUCCUAGAGAUGGAUACCUACAGAUACCAUGGUCACUCUAUGUCUGACCCGGGAAGCACCUACCGUACACGUGACGAAGUCUCCGGCGUGAGACAGGUGCGUGAUCCAAUUGAGAGAGCGCGAAAGUUGCUGUUAUCUCAUGACAUAGCUACAGAAAAAGAGCUUAAGGACAUGGAGAAAGAGGUGAGGAAAGAAGUAGAUGACGCCGUUGCUCAAGCCAAGGAGAGCCCUGUUCCAGAGGCAUCUGAGCUAUUCACAAACAUGUACGUGAAAGACUGUGGAGUCGAGUCAUUUGGAGCAGACAGAAAAGAGCUCAAAGUGACACUUGCAUAAGUCUUACUCCAUAGGAGAUUGAAGUUUCAAUAAAAUCCAAAAGCCAAGGGCAACAGACAAAUCUUGGGUCUUGCUACCAGACCAUUUCUGGUUUUCAAUUUUCGUUUCAAGUGCAAAGCAAUUGCUUCAGUAUGCUAAGUUUGUUUGCCUCUUUUAAUAUACAAAAACAUUGUUAAAGCAAGAAGCUUUAAGAUACCAGUCUUGCUAUAUAUCUGAGAAACGAUAAGAGAAGCAAGAAGAGAGCAGUUAAGAAAAGAUCUAAUCAUCAUCUUUGUCUGUAUAAAGAAAAGAUUGUGGACAUGUGAUGUGAGGACAAAAUCAUCAAGAACCCGUGUUUAAUUUGUUA